GAUCAUGCGGAGACACCAAUAUUGAAAGGAACUCAUAAAAUUAUAAUUGCAAGGGCGAUAUACGUUAGAUAGAGAUGGAAUGGAGAAGAUGUUAUCUGGAUGUGAUACUUGUACCACUAGGGUUUUUGAUAACCACUGCUUAUCAUAUCUGGUUAUGGCAUAAGGUUCGCAAACAACCACUCUCAACCAUCAUCGGAACAAAUGCUAGAGGCCGACGUUUUUGGGUCGCCGCCAUUAUGAAGGACAACGACAAGAAGAACAUCCUCGCGGUCCAGUCGCUUAGGAACACAAUCAUGGGAUCAACCUUGAUGGCCACUACGUCGAUCCUCCUUUGCUCUGGGCUGGCAGCCGUCAUAAGCAGCACAUACAGCGUGAAGAAACCGCUGAACGACACUGUUUUUGGGGCCCAUGGGGAAUUCAUGGUGGCGUUGAAAUAUGUGACGCUACUCACCAUUUUCCUCUUCUCAUUUUUCUGCCACUCUCUGUCCAUUAGAUUCAUCAACCAGGUCAACAUCCUGAUCAACACUCCACAGGACGACACGUCGAUAGUGACACCAGAGUACGUGUACGAGCUCUUAGAGAAGGGGUUCCUCCUGAAUACAGUGGGAAACAGGCUCUUCCAUAUUGGACUUCCUCUUCUGCUAUGGAUAUUUGGUCCAGUAUUGGUCUUCUUGUGUUCUGUCACCAUGGUGCCAGUGCUUUACAAUCUGGACUUUGUGUUUGGGUGUGGGAAGGGCAAAACUGAGAAUGACGACUUUGUAUGAUUAUAGUGGAAAAAAAAAAAAAAAAAAAAAAAGGGAAAAAAGAAAAGAAAUGGGAAUUUGGAUGUUGUUAUUGUGUAUGUCCAUUUGGCCCGCCUCAAGACAACUUUUGUCUGA